AUGAGCGAGGCAAGAGAAAUUUAUCCUCUUCCUAGAGAUGAGAACGAGUCGAACCGACUGAAUGAGCAACACUAUUUUAUUACGGAGAUCAUCGAAGGCCCGAUCGUCAAAGCCGUACCACGAACCAAUUUAUUCGCUUUCGCAGACGUCGGCACUGGAACGGGAAUCUGGCUCAAGGAGAUUCUCGAGUCGAUGAAACACAUGCCAGCUGCUUGUCCGCGUUACUACCAUGGCUUUGAUAUAUCAGAUGCCCAAUUUCCCUCUACUCCAGAGGAGAUUGAUUUUACAGUUCAAGAUGUCACAAGACCGCUUCCUCUCCAACAUCAGAGUCGUUAUGAUUUAGUUCAUGUAAGGAUGCUUGUCGGAGCUAUCAAGGUGUCGGACUUUAAGACAGUUCUUGCAAAUCUUAUAACGCUUCUGAAACCUGGAGGUUAUCUUCAAUGGGUCGAGUUCGAUAUAAUUACCUUGCUUGAAGGGAAUGGGGCUGAGUAUCCGAAGUUCGCAGAGUUAUUACAACCCUACUACAGCUUUGCAACGGCCAACGGACUGAGCUUGUGUGCAUCGAAAGCAAUUUACACAGCGUGUAAAGAAGCGGGACUCGUCAACGUCGCAAGGUAUUGCCCUACCAUACUCGACCACCUAGAUUUGGAGGAGAGGUUUCAAAUCUGGCUACUUGCGUCAUUCAAGUCUAUUAUGCCUCGUAUAUUCCUACGGACAGGUACAGUGGCUACUGAGGAUGCUGCUAAACAACUGGCCUCCCACUGGCUGAGUGAACUGGGGGAGCUACUUGCUGAAGGACUGAAGCCAGGCACAACGUUUGGCACAGUUGUUGCUCAAAAACCAAACGAUUCUGGAGGAGCCCUUGGUUACCACUCUGAAUGA